AUGGGAAUCCCAUCUCUGACCAAACAUCUCUUUCCUUAUGGGGAAACCGUGGUGCUUGGCGACAGUUCAUCUCAGGAAGAUGGUCCACCCACCGUACGAUCUGUGGUUAUUGACGGACCCAGUCUAGUCUAUCACGUAAACUAUCGACUACUGGCAUCUACGAGGAUAUCGAAUGGCACACUUGACCCUCAACCCACCUGUGACGAGGUCAGUCGGGGGUUUGCCAGCUGUCUGUUACAGCUCGUCCAGCGCGGUGUUCAAAUUCAACGAAUAUGCUUUGAUGGUGCAUUGCCAGUUGCCAAACGAGAGACACGCCUGGGCCGAAUUGAAAGGUCUAGACAGCGCUUGGAGAUUUCCCGACGUCAACCACUCGUUGCACCAUCAAGUGAGCAGCGCCAAAGAAGUCCCAUGAGGCCAGCCCAGUUCUGGUCAACCCGAAACCUCCCGUCAUGCUUCAGGAACUUACCUGAAAACCCAUUUAUGGUUUCGGCGGUAUUCGAGGACCUCAAGCGUCGGUGGACCAAGCCCCAGCUGGCCACAGAGCUCGAGCAAGAAGUCGAUUCCCUUGAACUGGGAGCUGGCGAAUAUCCCUGGGCUGAUAUCACUGUUAUGGUAGCCGGAGAAGCGGAUCCCGAGUGUGCUAGAGUUGCAAACCUCACUGGUGCUGCGGUGUUGACAAACGACUCAGACCUAGUCGUCCAUGACUUAGGUUCCCACGGAGCGGUUGUUAUGCUCAAUUCCCUACACUUAAUUGAGGGUGCUGUUGAUAAAGAUAAGUCGGAGAUUCGAGGCUUGCAACUAUUCCCAAAAAAGAUCUGUGAAAGAAUUGGAAUCCCAAAUAUACAACGGUUUGCUUAUGAGUUGGAGCAAGACCCCCAGCUUGGCUUAUCGGAUCUUAUACGACGGGCAAAAAAGAGUUUCGAGACCGAGGGAAAUAAUGACUAUGACCGAUUCUUGAAUGAAUAUCGUACUCGUACAGAGGAAGAAUUAAAGUCACAGGAUCGAUUCCGCAAUCUAGUGUUAGACCCCAGAGUGUCUGAACUAGUUUGGCAAUAUGAGCUGCCUGGUAUCUACUUUUCAGAUCAACCACACAUCUACCUGGGAAUUUUGCACGAGGAUCCUUCUCGGCGGUGUGCUUGGGAACGAGGCCGCGUAUUCAGGACUACAGCGUACUCUCUUCUCAACUUAUCAUACCCUACUGAGCGUCAAUCCCCUUCUGUUUAUGAGUUUGUUCGCAGAGGUAGACGCAUUGUCGCGGGGGAAGUCUUUCUCUAUGAGCCCCUUCAAUCCCCCAAAGCCUUAAAACUCAUCGGCGCGCGUCUUAAACUUGCAUCAUUAGUCCUGGGGAACCCGUCGCAGCAUUACUUUUGGGUCAUGUUUGCUUUAGCUGAGAUCUUCCAAGAAGAUCACGACAGUCCCAUGUUUCCCGGGUUUACAGGGUUGAAGCAAUUUCUGGAAAGUGGUAGGAUGGGGGAAAUGGGUGACUGGGUUGAUAUUCAUUUCCUAGCUUCCAUACACGCGGUGCUCUACUCGCUUCGAAUUCUGAAGCAAGUUUUGCCUAUGAUCGAUGAAAAAAUUUGGAAGGAGCACUUAUCCCUUCUUGAUGAGCUCCCCCCUGCACAUAUACUUCUAGGUUCUCGACAUGACUUGACACAGGGAUUCCAAGGAGAGUUUUUUGCUCACCAAUCGCUGUGCCAAUUGUUUCAGACUUACGAAUGA